AUGCGGGCGCCGGCCAAGGAGCUCUUCCGCGACGCCGCCUUCCCGGCCUCGGACUCCUCGCUCUUCUCCAGCUUCUCCACGCCGCUGGCCCAGUUCCGGGAGGAGAUCACCUGGAGGCGGCCCCAGGAAAUCUGCGCCACGCCCCGGCUGUUUGCAGGUAGCCCGCAGGAAGGGCAGGUGAAGCAAGGGCUGCUGGGAGACUGUUGGUUCCUGUGUGCGUGUGCCGCCCUGCAGAAGAGCCGCCACCUCCUGGACCAGGUCUUCCCUCCAGGACAACCGAACUGGCUCGACCAGACGUACCGGGGCUCCUUCACCUGUCGAGUCUGGCAGUUUGGACGCUGGGUGGAGGUGACCAUAGAUGACCGUCUGCCUUGUCUUGCAGGGAGACUCUGCUUCUCCCGGUGCCAGAGAGAGGAUGUGUUCUGGCUCCCCUUACUGGAGAAGGUCUACGCCAAGGUCCAUGGCUCCUAUGAACAGCUGUGGGCGGGGCAGGUGGCAGACGCCCUGGUGGACCUCACUGGUGGCCUGGCCGAAAGGUGGAACCUGAAGGAUGUGGCCGGAACCAGUGGCCAGCAGGACAGGCCCCAUGGCGCGGAACGCAGGACUUGCUGGCAGCUGCUCAGCUUGAAGGACCGCUGUCUGCUGAGCUGCUCGGUGCUUGGCCCCAGGACAGGGACCCGGGAGCUGGGCGAGUUUCAUGCUUUCAUCGUAUCAGAUCUGCGAGAGCUCCAGGAUCUGGCCGGCCAGAGCAUCCUGCUGCUGCGCAUUCAGAACCCCUGGGGCCGGCGGUGCUGGCAGGGGCCCUGGAGGGAGGGGGGCGAAGGGUGGAGCCGGGUAGAGCCGGCGGCCCAGGCGGAGCUGCUGUCACAGCUGCAGGAUGGGGAGUUCUGGGUGGAGGAGGACGAGUUUCUGCGGGAGUUUGACGAGGUCACCAUCGGCUUCCCCAGCACGGAGGCCGGCCACCUGCAGAGCCUGCACUCAGGAAAGGUGUUAUGCCACACUCAGGAGCUGCCCGGGGCCUGGGUCAAGGGCCAGUCGGCAGGAGGCUGCCGGAACAACAGCGGCUUCCCCAGCAACCCCAAGUUCUGGCUGCGGGUCUGCGAGCCCAGCGAGGUGUAUGUGGGUGUCCUGCAGAGGCCGCGGGUGCGCGCAGCCGGCCGCCCGGGCAGAGACUACCAGGCCGUGGGCCUGCACCUCUGGAAGGUGGAGAAGCGGAGGGUCAACCUGCCCAGGGCCCUGUCGGCGCCGCCGGUGGCGGGCACCGUGUGCCACGCCUAUGACCGCGAGGUGCACCUGCGCUGUGAGCUUGGCCCGGGCUUCUACCUGGCCGUGCCCAGCACCUUCCUGAAGGACGUGCCGGGGCAGUUCCUGCUCCGGGUCUUCUCCACCGGGAGAGUGGCGCUCAGCGCCGUCCAGCCGGCCACCCCGGCCCCCGCCCCCCGGGAGGUCCCGCCGGCUGGCGAGUGGGAAACCGUGCGGCUGCGGGGCUCCUGGAGAGUCGGCCGGACCGCGGGGGGCAGCCGCAACUUCGCUUCCUACCCCAGCAACCCCCGCUUCCCCCUGUCGGUGCCAGAGGGCGCGGGCCCGCGCUGCGUGCGCAUCUCCCUGCGCCAGCACUGCGGCGACCGCCAGUGCCUCCCCAUCGGUUUCCACGUCUUCCAGGUUCCGGCGGACGGCACGGGCCAGGACGCGCCCUCCCUGCUGCUGCAGGAGCCUCUGCUGAGCUGCGUGCCGCACUGCUAUGCCCAGGAGGUGAGCCGGCUCUGCCACCUGCCCGCCGGUGCCUACCACAUCGUGCCCUCCACCUACCUGCCGGACACAGAGGGCGCCUUCACAGUGACCGUGGAGACCAGAAUCGACAGGCACUCCAUUCACAGCCAGGAGAUGCUGGGGCAGCCGCUCCAGGAGGCCUCCUUCACGGCAGUGAUGAAAGCCUGA